AUGCCCGCCGGCGCAAUACUUACCGUAGCCCUCAGGUCGGCGAAGACCGUCCUCAAAACCCCCUACGAAUGGUACCAACGCGGGGUGCUCUUCCAGAAGUUCUUCCGGGUCUCAAACACCAUCUACUUCGCCCCAUUCCUGCUGGUGCACACCUUCCCCACGCUCAGCGGCUUCCACCUCCUCCAGUAUGUUUUGUUCCGGACGACGGGCUACGGUAGGGGCGCCCGGGCGACUAACUACCUGAAGGCGCUCUACAGCUUGCUAGGGAUCUGGGGUAUCGUGGCUCUGCAGCGCCGCGGGUGGACGGCGGCGUCGCUGCCCAUGCUGGAGUGGAUGGGGAUGAACAUGGGCAAAUGCAUCGCCGUGUUCUAUUUAUCUUUGAUGUGGAUGAGCCCGCUCUCGCAGGAGUUCCGGCAGACCAACCCGGUGUACCAAGCGGUGACGCAUGAGGUGCAGGCUGCGCUGCCGUUCCUGCGCUGGUUAUCAAUAAAGGUCGUAGUACCAACUAUCCUUGUGUUCAUUGCGCUGUCGCCGAUGUAUUACCGGACGCACCAAACCGCGGCGUUGCGGUUGAUGCGGUUGGGCCUCAUAUGGUCGAUGGCGAAGGCCGGGGUGCUUAAUUAUCUAUGGUCUGCGAGGUGGGCGUGGGUCCUGUAUGGACAUGAUGGGGUGUGGGUGGUGGGGAUGGGUGCUUUGUUGAGUGGGUUUGUUGCAGUCAUGGCCUGGGGCGGUGGGGAUUAUGGGACGGUGGUGAACAAAUGGAUCGCUACGAGCCUGUUGGUCUGGGAUUUCUAUCUGGUGGUUUCGCCGUUGAUCUUUGUUCUCUUCUUGUUGGGGGCCUACGGCUCCUUGAAUUGGGUUGGCCAAUUGUGGCGGGGAGCCGCGGGUGAGGUAGUAGAGGGACCAGAGUUGCCCCCGCCCCUGACCCCAGCAGAAGUUGCUGAAAACGCCCGAAUUGCCGCAUCACUCCUACGGCAGGUGGAUUCCGACAACCUGGCCGUCAACGCCCGUGCCCAGGCCCAAGCAAGCAUAAGGCUCGCAGGCAUCAUGGAGGCGAACGAGCGGAGAAGAGUCCUUGUAGCUGGCCUCAGAGCUCGGCUAGCCGCAGGCAUCAAGGGGCUGCGGGUCGAGCUCCCGGUGAAUCCACUCGACGAGGCACUGCGGGGUGCUGCGGCGGCGGCGACGGCAACGGACCACGACGACGAGGAGGCGGCAGCAGCAGCAGCAGCGAGAAGAGUAAUCAUGAGAUUGAUAGUCCAGGGAUACAUGACACGCCAACCGGUGCCGCUGGAGCUCGAGAUACGCAUGGCAGAUGCAGCCGGUGACGGUGUUCCUCCUGGGACGUACCCCCCCGCCGCCGCAUUGGCGCCUGUUCCCCCCGCUGAAGCCCCGGUCUGGCAAGAUGGAGAUGGGAACAGCGAUGCCGCCAGUGAGGACAUUGGCGGCGCCUCUCCAGUGUCAGUAAUCGGCUACCCGCCCCCGGCGGUUCCGCUCGGGCCCCCGCCCGCAUUGCGAGCCCGCGGCCUACCCGUGAAGGACGCGCUCCGGGACGACUAUGAGUGGGAUGACCCCGCCUAUGGGUUUACGACGGAGCUCAUGAGCACUUUGAAUGUCGACAUGGAGGGCCAGGCGCAUGCGACAGCUGCCGGAUUCGAUCUGGUGCCGGAUUAUGAUCCCGACGCGGACUUUGAUGCCGGGGCCGAUGUCGACGACCCGGUGGACGACCCGGCCGCGGAGGUGGAGGGCGAUCCGGAGGCGCCCAGUCUGUCAGAGGAUGAUAGUGAGGUUAUGUCGCCCAUAUUCUCGCUGCAGCACGAUGCCUAUGAGGUGGAAUCUCUGUUCUGGACGGCCCCGCCACCCCCGCCAGCGGGCGCGGCGCCGGAUCCACUUGCGGGGAGGAUCAGGGGUCCGAUAACGCCGGCGGUGGGAGCGGCGAGGAUGAGAAAUGGAGCGCCGUGGGCGCCUGAUGGGAGUGUUCCGCUUCCUGGUGCUGAUGCUGACGGCUACCACUACCAAACCGACGACUCCGUCGACACAAUCGGCCUCUACCGCCCCCGCACCCCCGACACAGCCCCAAACGAAGCCAUUCUGACUGCCCUCGAAGCAGCCUGGACCGCCGCCCGAGAAGUCCGCAUCGGCCAAGAACGCACAAACUUCAACACCCUCGCAUCGCGCGUAGACGACGAGGAGGAGCUCAACAUCGACAUCGACACCUACAACAACUGCUACGCCGUGACGCGCUCUGUGCGCAGCAACAACGAGAUACAUAUACGCGGCAUGGCGCAAGAGCUGCGCGAGAAGAUGGACAGCCAGUAUGCGUACGAUAAUAUCGAGGAUAACUAUGUCUUUCCACAGCGGCGGGGGGUGCCUCCGCGGCCGGCGUUCAAUGCGCUGCCGCCUCAGGACCCGGAACAUAUGAUAUGCUACAAUAGGAAUACUGCUGUCCAAGAGCGGGCCGGUUUCUCGAGUGAGCGGAGACUGUACGAAUUAUGGGAGAAUAAUGAACAGCUUUGUGGUGCAUAUAAUAGGGGGAGAAACCAACAUGUUAUUGCCAGGGCAGCCGAGAGGGAAUCAAGGCGCUUGUACAGAGAUGAGUUGAGAACACAGAGAACUGCGAGAGCUGCACCACCCAAGGAUGGUCCAAAGGACGGCCCAAAGGAUGGGCCUAAGGACGGCCCAAAGGAUGGGCCUAAGGACGGCCCAAAGGAUGGGCCUAAGGACGGCCCAAAGGAUGGGCCUAAGGACGGCCCAAAGGAUGGGCCUAAGGACGGCCCAAAGGAUGGGCCAAAGGAUAGGCCAAAGGAUAGGCCAAAGGAUGGCCCAAAGGAUGGCCCAAAGGAUGGCCCAAAGGACGGCCCAAAGGAUGGUCCAAAGGACGGGCCUAAGGACGGCCCAAAGGAUGGUCCAAAGGAUGGUCCAAAGGACGGUCCAAAGGAUGGUCCAAAGGACGGGCCUAAGGAUGGGCCUAAGGAUGGCCCAAAGGAUGGUCCAAAAGAUGAUUCCAAAGACGGACCGCCGCCACCUCCACCAUAUGAACCCCCUCCACCACCUCCACCACCUCCACCACCCCCACUGGCGCUAGGAACACCAGCAAACAUGCCUCCAGUACUUCCUGCCCGCGUACCUUACGAUGUUGAUUUUGUACAGUCGAAAGACUCAGCCGAUAAAUCAGCCGAACGACUAGCCAAAAGCAUAGACUCCCGCCCUCCCCUCAGUCCCCGUGCUGCAGCACUCGGCGCCGAUGGCUGGUGGGACGACGAUCCCGAGGAUGACAACGAAUCCCUAGGGGAAGACUACAUCCUCCUCAACUCGCACAUCCGGGAUCCCACCGACAGGAAUCGAAACAGGAGUUCGAUAUCUUCACGACGCGGCCACAGAACACUCCCGGCGGUCAUAAACCAGCCCAGCUGGCUCAACUACAUAUACCACCAGGCGCCCGCGUUGGCGCCGGUGGGAUAUCAGCCGCCGCCGAGAUGGACUCGCAGGGCAAUACAUGUGGAGGAACCGGGAGUGGAGGGCAUGACGGAGUUGAGGAUUCCGGGGGUGGACGGAGCGCUUGUGGACGACGGCUUUGGGAAUUUUGGAUAUCCGAGGUAUAGGACUCCUCCACCGAGGAGCCCUCUUCCGCAUAGAUCUCCUCUCCAGGACCCAUCAUCUAUGCAGACUCAGCAUUCCCCAACUACAUGGUCUCAGGAGUCACCUCAGGAUAAGUAUCCUCUAGAAGACCAUGGAAGUGAAGGGAUUCCUGAAAGUAGUUAUAGAGCAGUCCUAGCGUCAUGGCUCCCAUGGAAAGUUGCAGGUUUUGCGUGUGCAGAAGAUGAAGACUACAAGCCUUUGGGCACAAAUGACCUCACCGCCGACGAAUCCGCAGCCAUAGUGAAGGUCAAGGCCGAGAAAAUAAUAUUCGCCCAAAAGCAAGAGUUGGAAAAAUGGAACAAGCAAAGAGCAUACGAGAAAAUGUGGAAUAGGCCCAAGAGUUAUCAGAAAGAAGCAGAAUUGACCUCUAGCCAGGAAGAGGGAGAUGAGUCGGUCUCUGGAAAUUCUUCGGAUGGUGUUAGUGAAUGCAUCACCGACAUCGGUGGCUUUCAGAGCUCUAGACACCCUACGGGCCCCGAGAGACCAAAUGCACGAUACAGAUUCCGACGACAAGCCAAAAUAGAAGCACCUAUAUACAGAGAGGCAGAAAACUUACACAUUGAAAACUUUGGGUCAUCAAUACCAAAAGCCGACAAGCCUGUAGCUAAUCCUAAUGAUGGUUGGAGAGCGUGGACCAUUCCCGAAAUAAUGGGUGAAUAUUUCGACAUGACAAUUGCAGCAGUUGGGCGUAUGAAGCCUAAAGAAGCGGAGCCAAUGACAGAAGAUGAGAAAGAGCAGGCAAAAGUGGAUUCUAUCAUUGACUCUUACAUGAAAGCAGCAGAGGAGCAUAGAAAGAACCCGGGUAAGCCAAUUAAAGAACUAAACAAAAGCCCCACCACAGAACAAUGGAUUAGAAGCGCUCUUUAUAGUCCAAAACUUCCGUCAGAGGCUCGAGAAGACUCACUAGAUUUUAAGUCACCUGUAAAAAUGAGCUUGAACUAUCCUGCAAGAUCCCAUACGAUGUUCAACGGCAACUCACCCUUAAAUUACACCGCAACACUGAAGAGAGUAAAUCAACCGGGGCAACUAGGUUUUGAUGCUUGGACAGCAGAAAUAAACCGCCGUCAGAAAGAAACAGAUACUCAGCGGCAGAGAUGGCUGGUAUAUGCAAUCUUCAUGAUCCUGUUUACUGCCAUGAUUCCACUGUGGCAAGGUAUAACUCAUGUUCGUGAUGAGGGAAUUCAGGAAUGGUAUUCGAGACUGGAGGAGGGAGAUGUCGAGUUAAAGCAACCAAUUGCCCGAUUUGUUCAUAAAUGGGAGGAGGAUGUGGGUGAAAGUUAUGUGCAGUGGUAUGAUGGAUCAGAAGAGAAAGCGCCGGCGGACCCUUGA